CGCUCAGAGCGCUCCAGAGUGUAGAUCGGGAAAAGGGAGGGGGACUGGUGGUGGUGAGCUUAUUUAGGACCAAAAUACAAAUAAUUCAGCUCCAAAGGCAAACGACAACAGAAGUCCCUGGAAUAUCGCCUUCGGAGACUUUCCGGUCACCGUUGGCGGCCUGACCAGUGUCGUGGCGACAAUUUAAAGGCUGUUCCUGCUCACAAAGCGGCGUGCCGAGGAAGGACGCGUCUCUUUGAAUAGACAGGAUGCACGGACCGCCCUCCGGCGACAGCGCAUGCCCAUUGCGCACGAUCAAGAGAGUUCAAUUCGGCAUCAUCAGCCCAGAUGAGCUUAAACGGAUGUCCGUUACAGAAGGGGGAAUCAAAUACCCCGAAACAACAGAAGGAGGACGUCCUAAACUUGGUGGCCUUAUGGACCCAAGACAAGGGGUUAUUGAGCGAAGUGGGAGAUGUCAGACCUGUGCAGGCAACAUGACAGAAUGCCCAGGCCACUUUGGACACAUAGAACUGGCGAAGCCAGUUUUCCAUGUCGGCUUCGUAACAAAGAUCAUGAAGGUUCUUCGAUGUGUCUGCUUCUUUUGCUCCAAGCUAUUAGUGGAUUCAAACAAUCCUAAGAUCAAAGACAUCCUGACAAAAUCCAAAGGGCAGCCCAGGAAGCGUUUGACCCAUGUGUAUGAGCUGUGCAAAGGAAAAAAUAUCUGUGAAGGAGGAGAAGAGAUGGACAACAAAUUUGGAAUGGAACAGCAGGAGACAGAGGAGGAUAUUACCAAGGAGAAGGGCCAUGGUGGCUGUGGGCGCUACCAGCCACGCAUCAGACGCUCUGGCUUGGAGCUGUAUGCUGAGUGGAAGCACGUUAAUGAGGAUUCGCAGGAGAAGAAAAUCUUGCUGAGUCCUGAGCGUGUGCAUGAGAUUUUCAAGCGCAUCUCAGAUGAAGAAGACAUCAUCUUGGGUAUGGACCCCAAGUUUGCCAGACCAGAGUGGAUGAUAGUGACUGUGCUGCCUGUGCCUCCACUUGCUGUGAGGCCUGCUGUAGUCAUGCAGGGGUCUGCUCGCAACCAGGAUGACUUGACUCACAAGCUGGCUGACAUUGUUAAGAUCAACAACCAGCUGAGAAGAAAUGAGCAGAGUGGUGCAGCUGCUCACGUCAUAGCUGAGGAUGUGAAGCUGCUUCAGUUUCAUGUUGCCACUAUGGUGGACAAUGAACUGCCAGGCCUGCCAAGGGCAAUGCAAAAGUCUGGCCGCCCUCUCAAAUCCAUAAAACAGCGUCUAAAGGGGAAGGAGGGACGAGUGCGAGGUAACCUGAUGGGCAAGCGUGUGGACUUCUCGGCCCGAACUGUCAUUACGCCAGACCCCAACUUGCAAAUUGACCAAGUGGGCGUACCACGAUCCAUCGCAGCCAACAUGACCUUCCCAGAAAUUGUCACACCCUUUAAUAUUGACAGAUUGCAAGAGUUGGUGCGAAGAGGCAACAGCCAGUACCCUGGAGCUAAAUACAUCAUCCGUGACAAUGGAGACAGAAUUGACUUGCGAUUUCAUCCUAAACCAAGUGACCUUCAUCUGCAAAUUGGCUACAAGGUGGAAAGACAUAUGUGCGAUGGUGACAUUGUCAUCUUCAACCGGCAACCUACACUACACAAAAUGUCUAUGAUGGGGCACAGGGUUCGGAUCCUGCCGUGGUCCACAUUUCGUCUCAACCUCAGUGUCACCACACCAUACAAUGCUGACUUUGAUGGGGAUGAGAUGAAUCUCCACUUGCCUCAGUCCCUUGAGACGAGGGCAGAGAUCCAGGAGCUGGCCAUGGUGCCACGUAUGAUUGUGACACCCCAAUCCAAUAGGCCUGUCAUGGGUAUCGUGCAGGACACCCUCACAGCUGUUCGCAAGUUCACCAAAAGAGACGUCUUCUUAGAGAGGGGUGAAGUGAUGAACCUGCUCAUGUUCCUCUCCACCUGGGACGGGAAAAUGCCUCAACCAGCUAUCCUCAAACCCCGCCCUUUGUGGACAGGCAAGCAGAUCUUCAGCCUCAUCAUUCCAGGACACAUUAAUGUGAUCCGCACACACAGCACCCACCCUGACGAUGAGGACAGUGGCCCUUACAAACACAUUUCACCUGGUGACACCAAGGUUAUAGUGGAGAAUGGUGAACUGAUCAUGGGCAUCCUGUGUAAGAAGUCCCUGGGAACCUCAGCUGGCUCUCUUGUCCACAUCUCCUACCUGGAGAUGGGCCACGACAUCACCAGACUCUUCUACUCCAACAUUCAGACUGUGGUCAACAACUGGCUGCUCAUUGAGGGUCAUUCCAUUGGUAUUGGUGACUCCAUUGCUGAUGCCAAGACAUACCUUGACAUCCAGAAUACAAUCAAGAAAGCCAAACAGGAUGUGAUAGAAGUCAUCGAGAAGGCUCACAACAACGAGCUGGAGCCCACUCCUGGUAACACACUGAGGCAGACCUUUGAGAAUCAGGUGAAUCGUAUCCUCAAUGAUGCUCGUGACAAAACGGGAUCCUCUGCCCAGAAAUCUCUGUCCGAGUACAACAACUUCAAGUCCAUGGUGGUGGCUGGAUCUAAGGGUUCAAAGAUUAACAUCUCACAAGUUAUUGCUGUGGUGGGACAGCAGAACGUCGAGGGUAAGCGAAUCCCCUUUGGCUUCAAACACCGCACCCUGCCUCACUUCAUUAAAGAUGACUAUGGUCCUGAGAGCAGAGGCUUUGUGGAGAACUCCUACCUGGCUGGCCUGACACCAACAGAGUUCUUCUUCCACGCCAUGGGAGGCAGAGAGGGUCUGAUUGAUACAGCUGUCAAGACAGCUGAGACUGGUUACAUCCAGCGUCGUCUGAUCAAAUCUAUGGAGUCUGUGAUGGUGAAGUACGAUGGCACAGUGCGAAACUCCAUCAACCAGGUGGUACAGCUGCGCUAUGGUGAGGAUGGCCUGGCAGGAGAGAAUGUAGAAUUCCAAAAUCUGGCAACAUUGAAACCCUCACACAAGGCCUUUGAAAAGAAGUUUAAGUUUGAUUGCACCAAUGAGCGAGCACUGAGGCGGAUGCUACAGGAAGACGUUGUGAAAGACGUGCUGACCAAUGCCCAUGUACAAAGUAGUUUGGAGAGGGAGUUUGACAAGAUGAAGGAGGACAGGGAGAUCCUGCGAGCUAUUUUCCCCACUGGAGACAGUAAGGUGGUGCUGCCAUGCAACCUGGCAAGAAUGAUCUGGAACGCUCAGAAGAUCUUCCGUAUCAACACUCGCACCCCAACAGACUUGAACCCUCUAAGGGUGGUCGAAGGUGUUCAUGAGCUGAGUAAGAAACUUGUCAUUGUGAAUGGUGACGACCCUCUAAGCAGACAGGCCCAGCAGAAUGCCACUCUGCUCUUUAACAUCCACCUGCGCUCUACGCUCUGCUCCAAACGCAUGACCGAGGAGUUCCGCCUUUCCACAGAGGCUUUUGACUGGCUUCUGGGAGAGAUUGAGACCAAGUUCAACCAGUCCAUUGCCCACCCAGGUGAAAUGGUUGGUGCUCUAGCUGCUCAGUCGCUGGGAGAGCCAGCCACCCAGAUGACCCUGAACACUUUCCAUUACGCCGGUGUGUCAGCCAAGAACGUCACACUUGGUGUGCCCCGUUUGAAGGAGUUGAUCAACAUCUCAAAGAGGCCCAAGACACCCUCGUUGACUGUGUUCCUGCUGGGUCAGGCAGCACGUGACGCCGAGAGGGCUAAGGACAUCCUCUGUCGACUGGAGCACACCACUCUGCGAAAAGUGACAGCCAACACCGCCAUCUACUACGACCCCAACCCGCAGAACACUGUGGUGGCCGAGGACCAGGAGUGGGUGAAUGUCUACUAUGAGAUGCCUGACUUUGAUGUAACACGCAUUUCACCAUGGCUUCUGCGCAUUGAGCUAGACCGCAAGCACAUGACCGAUCGCAAAUUGACUAUGGAGCAGAUUGCGGAGAAGAUCAAUGCAGGUUUUGGAGAUGACCUGAACUGUAUCUUCAAUGACGACAAUGCCGAGAAGCUUGUGUUGCGAAUCAGAAUCAUGAACAGCGAUGAGAACAAGUUCCAGGAGGAUGAGGAGGUGGUGGACAAAAUGGACGACGAUGUGUUUUUGAGGUGCAUCGAGUCCAAUAUGCUGACAGACAUGACCCUACAGGGCAUUGAGCAGAUCAGUAAGGUGUACAUGCACUUGCCCCAGACUGACAAUAAAAAGAAGAUCAUCAUCACAGAGGAUGGCGAGUUCAAAGCGCUGCAGGAGUGGAUCCUUGAGACAGAUGGAGUAAGCCUCAUGAGAGUCCUCAGCGAGAAGGAUGUCGAUCCCGUCAGAACCACCUCCAAUGACAUUGUGGAGAUCUUCACGGUUUUGGGAAUUGAGGCUGUGCGAAAGGCACUGGAGAGGGAGUUAUACCACGUCAUCUCCUUUGACGGUUCCUAUGUCAACUACCGACAUUUGGCUCUGCUCUGUGACACAAUGACCUGCCGUGGCCACUUGAUGGCCAUCACACGUCAUGGCAUCAACCGUCAAGACACAGGGCCACUUAUGAAGUGUUCCUUUGAGGAGACGGUGGAUGUGUUGAUGGAGGCAUCGUCCCAUGGCGAGAGUGAUCCCAUGAAGGGUGUGUCAGAGAACAUCAUGCUAGGCCAGCUCGCCCCAGCAGGGACAGGCUGCUUUGACCUGCUGCUGGAUGCUGAGAAGUGUAAAUACGGCAUGGAGAUCCCUACAAACAUACCUGGCAUCAGCGUGGCUGGACCCACUGGAAUGUUCUUUGGCACUGUGCCGAGUCCCAUGAGUGGUAUGUCACCCGCCAUGACCCCUUGGAACACAGGAGCUACCCCGGCCUAUGGCGCCUGGUCCCCCAGUGUUGGAAGCGGAAUGACCCCUGGGGCAGCAGGUUUCUCUCCCAGUGCAGCAUCAGAUGCAAGUGGCUUCUCUCCAGGUUACUCACCAGCCUGGUCUCCCACUCCUGGGUCUCCAGGAUCUCCAGGACCUGCCAGCCCAUACAUCCCAUCUCCAGGUGGAGCCAUGUCACCAAACUACUCACCCACCUCCCCCGCCUACGAGCCUCGUUCUCCAGGGGGCUACACCCCACAGAGCCCGGGCUACUCCCCGACAUCACCCUCCUACUCCCCGACUUCUCCCUCUUACUCGCCCACCAGCCCCAACUACAGCCCGACAUCUCCUUCCUACUCCCCCACUUCGCCCAGUUACUCCCCGACGUCUCCCUCCUAUUCGCCCACAUCUCCUUCUUACUCCCCAACAUCUCCCUCCUACUCCCCGACCUCCCCGUCUUAUUCUCCCACCUCCCCCUCAUACUCUCCCACCUCGCCGAGCUACAGUCCGACGUCGCCAAGCUACAGCCCGACAUCGCCCAGCUAUUCACCCACCUCGCCUUCCUACUCGCCCACCUCACCUUCUUAUUCUCCCACAUCUCCAUCCUACUCUCCCACCUCCCCAUCGUACUCCCCCACCUCUCCUUCCUACUCGCCGACCAGCCCAAGCUACAGCCCCACGUCGCCGAACUAUACCCCCACCUCACCCAGUUACUCCCCUACCUCCCCCUCAUACUCCCCGACGUCACCCUCUUACUCCCCAACUUCCCCCAACUACACCCCAACCAGCCCCAACUACUCCCCCACCUCUCCCUCAUACUCCCCCACAUCUCCAUCCUACUCCCCCUCCAGUCCACGUUAUACCCCGCAGUCACCCACCUAUACUCCCAGCUCGCCCUCAUACAGCCCCAGCUCCCCAUCCUAUUCCCCCACUUCACCCAAAUAUACCCCAACUUCACCCUCAUACAGCCCCAGCUCCCCAGAAUACACCCCCACCUCGCCCAAAUACUCCCCCACCUCGCCAAAGUAUUCCCCAACAUCACCGAAGUACUCGCCCACUUCUCCCACCUACUCUCCUACGACUCCAAAAUACAGCCCCACCUCUCCCACCUACUCCCCCACCUCCCCAACCUACACCCCAACCAGCCCCAAAUACUCUCCUACCUCCCCUACUUACUCCCCAACUUCCCCCAAGUAUUCACCCACAUCUCCUACAUACUCGCCAACUAGUCCUAAGGGCUCCACAUACAGCCCCACCUCCCCCGGAUACAGCCCCACCUCACCCACCUACAGCCCGGCCAUCAGCCCCGAUGACAGCGAUGAGGAGAACAACUAAUGAACCACGGAGGAGAAGGAGGGGCAGCUGAAGCAACCCUUUCACCUCGUGGUUGACAACUGAAGGACAGCACCUUUAACCAGCUGGAGGCGGUGGUGUCUCGAGCCACAGGUGUCCCAACCGUGAUCUUUUCUACGAGGAAAUCCCAGCCUUGGGACCUGUGUCUUCACCAUCCUGAGGGAGCUGCCCCCACCUUUUACUCCGCAAAUGUUCUAAACUGUUAUGUGAAACUUGAACAGCUUUGCCUGAAGGAAAAAAAAAAGGCUGCCUUUUGAAAUAGUUUUUUUAAUUUUCACUUGGGGUGUUGAAGCAAAACUGAGAAUCCCUAAAGGGAAUGAAAAGGAGAGGAAGAUGUGGUGAACAUUUAAGGGGGAGGAAAAGUCCCUUUUUAACUUUAUAGCGUACUGCAUCCAGUCUCUCUCUCAUUCUCUAAAUGUUGGGUGUGUAGUUGUUGCUGGAAAGCAUAUAUAUUGCCAAAAGCCUUUCUGAAGAGUGGAUUGUAUUCAUUACUAAAGCAUAAGCUGUAAAGAAAAUCAAGGAGGUAAUGUUUAGACUUUGUUUACUGCAUAUUUCACCAAGUUGUUAGACCUUUUGCUGCUUUUGUAAAAGUUGCUGCCAGUUUUGGGGGCAUUUUGUGGAUGAAAGAAGAUGGAGCAUGAGUGUGAUAUAUUAAAAACAACGGGUCAGAUUGUCUAAAGAAAAAACUUGGGAUCAUAAGCAGAAAUACAUUCAUUAUAGGAGAGAGAAACUGGUUUGCAGGGAGAAGAUAAUUCACUCUAAACAUCACCAACUACAUAAGUUUAUGUACCUGUUGCCCUCCCCUCUUCCUCCUUCACACCCCAGAGACAUGAAAGAUGUCACAAAAACACUUACCAGCAUUCUCUUGCCCCUUGAGACUUGUGCAUCAAAAGGAAAAUGAAACAAAAAAAAAACACUUUUCCAGAUAAUAAUAUUGACACUCUGGAUUUAAAGAUUUCUAUUAAAAAUAGUCUGAAUUAUUCUGUCUUUAUUUUGAGUGUAGGAGGAAAUGGGUCACACAUGGAUGCUAGUUUGGCCUUGCUGCUUUUGUCAUUGUUUGCAUGAGUAGCACAUGUUAAUACAUUUUAAUCAAACUUUAGGUUGACUUUUUUUUUUUUUUUUAAAUCCCUCCAAUUUUUUGGCUAAUCUUUGUCCCAUUUCUGAUAGCUAAAGUGUACACAAGUUUAUUUGGACUAUUCAGUUUAUUUAAGAAAGAAAGUUAACUAAUCUGUGUGAAUAUGACUAGAGAAAAAUUAAGAAUUUAAAUUUUUGGGGCUUUUCUCUUGUUUGCUUUUGGUGACUUUGUAAACCUGUUUGCAGGAGGCUAAUAUACAUUAUACUGUGGAUGAAGGGGCAGGGCAGGGGAGGAAGGGGAGUACUUUUUCUUUUCGCUGCCGUUCUCCCCAUCGGCCUUAAGUUUUUUGCUGCAGCUGCGCUUUUUACUUCUGGUUGUACAACAUUUUGCACUCUGCCACCAGGUUGUGAUGUUGCUUAAGUCAAAAGGUAGAAGAGUAAAAGGUUCAGUGUUAAAUUUGGUGUUUUCACAUCUUAGAAUGGCCUUUCUCUUCACUACAGUGAAACUUUUUUUUUUUUCUUUUUUAGCAGAGAUCGUCCAAAGAAACAUUACUUUUGGGCUCUCUUAAGAAACCUUACCCACUACAUUAGUGUGAACUUUCUUUUCAAGUUUGAUUGUGUUAGAUAAACGUCUGUACGCCAGGUGAGAAUUGAAAAAAAAUUUUCUUUCCUUGUUCCAUAUGAUCUUUUAACACGGUUUGAGUUCAUUGGACUAGCUGGGUGUCCUCCCUCUUCCCUCUUCAUUCACAAGUAAUUCUCCUUUCUGAAAUCAGUGUUUAAUUUUUUUUUCUACCAGUGUAUGUACCUGUGACGAGGGGAAUCGUGGGGAGGGGGGGAAGAUAUUGACUGGGAGUCCUGAAGUGAAAAGACUGUCUUAGAGUUCUGUUCUGAAAAUCGUUAAAUGAUUUGUCUAAGUUUGUCAAACACUGCUUCCCAGUUAGUCUUGAAUUUACGGACUGCAUCCUCUGGCCUUUGACAUGAAGCAGGUUUGGUAAUUGCACUUAGUAAAUAUUGUGGUGGACUUCAACCCCAGACAUUGUGAUAUUUUGGUCCACUAUGCUUCAUUCGAUCCUGUUGUAUUAAAUGUAUGCUGUCCAGUCUGUUCAGGACAUCAGGACUCCCAGGCGAAUGAAUGUCUGUCUGUAUGCGUGUGCAGUUAGUGUACGUUCCGAGGGCGAUGCAGGGUUUCAAGCUGAGGAAAGACUUUACACGUCUGGGCAAAGGAGGUUUAACUUAAAUUUGCCACUGUAUAGACAUCAAGUCAUUAUCUCAUUCUCUGUAUCUUUGUUCUGUUUGUUUUUUGACUUGGAAAAAAACUGAAUAAAAGUUUUACUAUA